UAAGGGGAGGUUGCAUUGGUAUUUCCCUAGCCUUUGUUGGUGAGUUUGGCAAAGCGGCUGCGGCAGUUGGAAGAGAGAGAGUGGCAAUGGAUGAGGCAAAGCCAUUUUCCAACACGACAGUGUUGAGUGCUUCUCACCUUACUCGCUCCGAACUCUUGAUGCGUCGUUUCCACAACUUGAAGCGCCUUUCCAAGUGCUACAGACACCUCUACUGGGCUCUCAUGGAACACUUCAAGACCCUUUACACACACUAUUCUCUCAACCCUUUCAAGCUUCUCACUUGUGCCUUCCUCGGUUGCAACUUCCACCCCAUGCCUCUCACUUCCUUCUGCCACUUGCACAUUCUCUCCGAUUCCACCCAGAUGCUUUACAAGCCUUGCAAUUACGUUAUCAAAGGACUGUUUUCACUUUUCAGUGCACAAGCUGGACCUAUCACAUGCGGGAAACCCAUACUGAGAUCCACUGUUCCAGCUCUUUGCAUUGCCCACUCUCAGAAGGCUCAGAAGCAUCUCACUAGGGCCUUGAAGAGGAACAGUCUCAAUAUUUGCUCAACAAAAGUAAAACUGUGGUUGUGAAAGAAAAUGAUGAAGUGGAUGCAGAGAUUGUCUGACACAAAAGUCCAUGUUGGAUAAAUUAAUAGAGGCAAGAUGUUACUUUCAUCGAUUCUCUUGUAUGAAAAUGAUUACGAGAAGGAGGAUGUGGCAUAAUUAUAAACAUAAACUUGUUUGUUUAUUAGCAAGAGCAGAAGGCAAGGCAGAUAGAAAAAUGUUACAGAGAAUGGGGCCAAGGGGGAGAGUUAUCCAUGAAUUUCUGGGACAUGGAAUAGCACAAUUCGAGAGCGGGUAACGUGUUACAGAGCUCGGGAAUCUCGUCGUAGCUGAAGCCAAAUCCCAGAUUUUUAUCUCAUUUUUUUUAUUUAAUCAAAUUAAAAUAUACACUAUGUAAAAGAUCACCUUUAAUUGUUUUUUCAUCAUAAAAAAUGCAUUUCUUAUAUUAGUAAUUCAAGACAAUUUUUAAAAAUUUGCAUUUUCAUGUUGUCACAUAUAAGCUUUUGAAUAAGUAUUCAUCUUUUUUUCUUUUU